AUGUUAAGAGGUAGUAAAGGAGCUAAUGCUGAUCGAGAGUAUACAGAAGAUCGAAUCAGUGUUCUACCAAUUAAUGUUUUAGAUUAUGUUGUUGAGCUCCUGCCUAUUGAAGACGCAGCAAGGACUAGUAUUUUGUCCAAAAAAUGGAGAUAUAUUUGGGCCAUGUCUCCCAAUUUGGUGCUGGAUAACCUAUUUUGCAAUAAAUUAGCAAAAGAGUCUUGCUCAUUUUUCUACAAUACUGUAGAUAAUAUUCUGUUACAGCAUAUUGGAGACAUUGUGAAGUUUGAUCUCGAUGUUUCAGGACUAGGAUUGCCUUGGUAUACAGAUAUUGAUAGAUGGAUGCAUUAUGUCACUAGACAUGGUGUCAAGAAGCUAAAUCUUAACGUGCCCAAAAAUAGUACUUACAAAGUACCUUCUUAUAUAUUUAAUUGCUCAACGCUGACAGAUUUGACGCUCUCCAAUUGUGUCUUCAAAUCGCCAACCUCUUUUCUUGGCUUUCAGAAUCUUAUAACCCUUUGUUUAAAAAGCAUGACAUUUGUGCCAACCGCAGAGUUUUGUGUUAUCAAGGUUCCCCUUCUUGUUGAUUUGAUUCUCGACUGCUGUCAAGGCACUCGAUACUUGAAUAUUGUUUCACCGCAGUUGGAGUCCUUAGUUGUUUUCCGGAGUGACUGUCUCGAGCUAAAUUGCUUUAGGAAUUGCAAAAAAUUGAAAAGAAUUAUAUUUUCUGGUACAAACAAAGUGGUUGAUGUUUAUCCAAAAUAUCUUGAAAGCUCAACUUUGGAGAAAUUUCUUUUCAGCUUGCCUACACUUGCGAUACUUCAUUUGGAGUCACAUUUUCUCAAGCUUCUGGCUGCAGACAAUAUUUCUAAGGAGCUUCCUUUUGCACUAGACUGCCUGUGGCAUCUAUCAUUACAUGUAGACUUUGGCAAAUUGGAUCAGACUUCUUACGCACUCCAAUUAAUUAAGAUUUCCCCCAAUUUAACUCAACUCCGAAUUUGGGUCUUUAAUACCAGUGACAAUGCUGAGGCUGUUUCGGAAUAUCUAGACUCACCGGCUUGCUUAGAACAACCUCUCAAUAAGCUCAGGCAUGUAACCUUGCAUUUGUUCAAAGGUUCAAAAACUGAGCUUGCUUUAGUUAAGAAGUUGGUUGCUCACACGCCAUCUUUGGUAAGGAUGUCCAUCAAGCCGAAUAAAGUAAUGGAUUCCUGGAAAGAAAGGAAUAUCGCCAUAGAAUUGAUGCGUUUCUCCAGAGCGUCUCCCAGGGCUGAGUUACUAUAUUUGCCGAAUGUGGUUUAG